AUGAGCAAAGAAAGGCCUCCUGAGCCUCUUGAUUUCUUCAUUUGGACUGUUGAGGAUGUUGGUUUGUGGUUAGAAGAAAUAAAUCUUGGUAGCUACCGCCAAAUAUUCAAAGAAAAUGGUGUGAACGGAGAAUAUCUGGAAGGCAUGUCCAUGUUCACAACUGAACAGAUUUUAAGGUUUAUAAGGCGGUGUCACAUGAAGUGGGGAGACUUUAUCACCCUGUGUAAGGAGCUCAGACGGAUAAAAGUGGCUUGCCUUAAAGGAGAGCAAAAAGUUCGCCGGCCAUGGUGGGCUCCAUCUUGCCUCUCUGCAGUCUUUGACAAGGUUGCAAAGCGUAACAGACAGUCACGAGUUGUUUCCUUGAAGCUGGAACCAUGA